UCCCUUACCUCAAAAAUAUCAAAAAAUGAAGAUAAGGUAGUUUCCCUUAUACAACCCCUCUUCUUCUUCAAUCUUCAGACUUCCCACACAGCCCUCAACCAUGUUUUCCCUCACAGUAAACUCCCCUAAACCUCUCUCCCUCUCCACCCCAUUCCUCCCUACCCAUCCCCAGUACCCCACACCCUCCAUAAUCCACAAACCAAAUGGUCCAAAUCUCAAUUCAAGAACCAUAACAUCACUAAUGAUGCCACCUUCUUCUGGUGAAAGAAGACAACCUCAAUACUCAACAUCAGCACCACAACAACAACAACAUCUUUAUCAACCUUUUAGACCACCGCCUUCACCUUUACCACCUAAAUUUCGCAAUCUUGAUAUCAAUUCUAAGCUUGAAGUUCUUAUAAAUAGACUUGGCCUUUGGUAUGAAUAUGCCCCUUUAAUCCCUUCUUUAACUAGUGAAGGUUUUAUAUCUUCUACACUUGAAGAAAUCACUGGGAUUACUGGUGUUGAACAGAAUAGAUUAGUAGUUGGUGCACAAGUUCGUGAAACUUUAAUUGAGGCUAACUUAGAUCAAGAAACACUGUCGUUUUUCGAUUCCGGGGGUGCUGAGUUGUUGUAUGAGAUAAGGUUGUUGAGUACUAGGCAAAGAGCUGAUGCUGCUAAGUUUAUGGUGAGGAAUGGUUUUGAUGCAAAACAAGCCAAUGAGUUAGCUAGGGCAAUGAAGGAUUUCCCGCGUAGACAUGUGGAUUAUGGUUGGGAUAAGUUUAAUGGUGAUUCGCCUGGUGAUUGUUUGGCUUUCUUGUUUUAUAGGCUAGCUAUAGAGCAUGCUGCUGCUGGUGCUGAGGAGUUGAGGAUGGUGGCGAUGGAGAAGGCGUUAAGAGUAGUCGAGUCUGAAAGUGCUAGGACUUUGCUUGUUGACGAGGUAGAAGGAAAAGGGGUCGACAAGGAGAGCGUUGUCGAUGAUGUGGCGAUGGUUCCUUUAGUGAGGAUGAAGUUAGGGGAGGUAGCUGAGUCGAGUGUGGUGAUCGUUUUGCCUGUUUGUAAGGCGGAGGCGAGGGAAAUGGAGGUGGAGGCAGCCCCGUGGGAGUGUGGUGGGGUCGGGGAUUUUGGAGUUGUGGAGGCAGAGAAGGAUUGGAGGAGAUGGGUGGUUUUGCCAGGGUGGCAACCAAUUGCGGGAUUAGAGAGAGGUGGAGUAGCAGUGUCGUUUAAGAGUGGGAAGUUUUUGCCGUGGAGGGAGAAGAGGAAGUACAAGGAAGAGCCGGUUUUGGUAGUGGCUGAUAGGGGAAGGAAGGAAGUGACAAUGGAUGACGCGUUUUACUUGGUGCUUGGUGGUGGCAAUGGGAGCGGUGAUGAGGCAUUGAAAGUGGAAAGUGGGUCAACAUUGAAGGAAAUGGGGGUUGAAAAGAGCUUGGGAAUGGUGCUUUUAGUAAUCAGGCCACCAAGGUGGGAAGAUGAAGAUACUCAACUUAUUGAUGAUGAGUAGGAUUGGGGUAAAAAUGCAGCCUUUGCUGUAUAUUGUCAAUGGAGAAAAUUUUGGGUAUCACGGGAAUAUUUCAUUUGAAGACAAGUUCAAGCUUUACUGCAAGAUUCCUGAUAUUCAUUCCUUUUUUGGGGUCAAUGUGACUUUAUAUUGUUGUCUUAGCAUUUUUAAAUUACCUAGUAUUUAGCAGAAACAGAGAAUGUACAAAUUCAGGAUUUGCAUGCAAUGCUGAAGUGAAUCUUGGAUCAUAUUUUUGAAUAAGAACACCAUUUUUCCUAA